CGAUGGCGUGAGGCCGGGCCAGCGGAGACCGCCGGACGACGACCCCCGCCCCUCGGCGGCUGCUGCUGCUGUAAAGGCGGCCGCCCGCCCGCCCACGAGCGUGUGACGCCCCGUCCCCAUGGACUGCGGACAGGAUCCGGGCCCCGCAGAGGGACAGCCAUGCCGGGAUGGACGGAGCCGCUCACGCACCCCCUCCUCCAGUGCAGAGGAGCAGGUGGCCCAGGAGACAGAGGCGGUGUUCCAUAGCUACGUCUUCCACCGCUACCAGCAGGAGCAGGAGACCAGCAGCGGGCAAAGCCCCAGGGAUCCCGAGAUGGCAGCCAUACCCCACAACCCUGGCAGCAUCAUGGAACGGGUGGGGCGGCAACUGGCGUUCAUUGGCGAUGACAUCAACCAACGCUACGAGCCGGAGUUCCAGGAGAUGCUGCUCUGCCUGCAGCCCACCGAAGAGAACGCCUUCACCUACUUCACCAAGAUCGCUUCCAGCCUGUUUGAGAGCGGCAUUAACUGGGGCCGGGUGGUGGUACUCCUGGGCUUUGGCUACCGCCUGGCCAUCCACGUGUAUCAACAAGGGCUGAGAGGCUUCCUCAGUCGCAUCACCCGCUUCGUGGCUGACUUUGUCCUGCAGAACUGCAUCGCCCGCUGGAUUGCCCAGAGAGGGGGCUGGGUGGCCGCCCUGAGCCUGAGCAACAAGCCACUCAAGCAAGUGUUUGCCCUGCUGGGCCUCGUCCUGCUCGCCCAGUUUGUGAUACGCCGGUUCUCUGCCCCCUGACCCCGGGGGGAGGGGCCGGGCCUUGGGGCAUCCAGCCCGGGGACUCCCGGCCCCACCUUUGAGACGCCCCCAGCAAAGAGGUUCUGGACCCGGUCCCAGCCUGGCUCAGGCCAGGAGGUGGGGACAGGACCCCGCGGCCCAACCAGGGGGGUCACUCUGGAGCUCCUCGGCCCCCGGUGUCUCCACAAGAGCUGGAGAUAGUAUGUAUCCUCCCCUGCCUUCCCCUCCACCCCAGAGGGCAUCCCUGGGGGCACCCCUCACUUCCUAGCUUGUUGCCCCUUCCCCAACGGUGCUAAAGGGGCCCCGUCCCUUCCCCACGCCAGGGCAGAUAUGGCCUCUCUCCUGGGGUGGGAGAGAGGUGCGACCUGAUCCAUAGUCUGGCCCCGGUGAGGGUGGGUCUAGGGUUGGGGCUCUGCUGCUGGGAUCUCCCCCGUGCUGCUCAGCUGUGGCCUGGGCUGGGACCAGUCCUGGGCUGCUUCCACGGGUGUGGCACAAACUGACCGGGAAGGCGAGCUCUUGGUCCUCCAGAUGCUCCUGUGACCACUUGUUGGGGAGGCGGGGCUCGAGUGCCCAAGACUGAUUGAUGGAGGGGCAGAAGGAGAGCCCUUCCCUCUCCAGUCUGCUUCCUUCCUUCCACAUCCUCUCCAUCCCCAGCUCAGGUGGGUGGAGUUGCCACUAAGCUCAGGCUGUGAAGAGGUCUUGCGGGGAAGACCUGGGAGAGGUGAUCCACUUAACAGCGAAAUGGACAAUCCUUUGUCCUUUCCCAUGCCCCUCUGCCCCGACCUACCUUCUCUCCACAACGAGGGAGGCCGGAGCCGGGAGGGAAGAGAGGCAGGGCAGACAACACUCCAACUCCCUGCCCACCCCAAUCCUCGGAGGGGGGUGAGGGACAGGAAGGGAUACCAUCCCCCACUGAGCCGCUUGCCGACCCCCACGGAGCCGGAAGGCCGGUCUGUUUAGGGGGGCCCUGACUCCACCCCCUCGCCUUAGCCCUGAACUCCAGUACUUCAGGUUGUGUUAGAAGCCCACCCGGUCCCCACCUCCAGCGGAGGGCUGGCCACCCCUGCCGCUACAGUGAGGCCACAGGAACAGCAGCUGCUGCUUUCUCAGGGAUCCCGGACCGACUCCGCCUGGGGAGCCCCCACCCCAUGCUUCCCACUCCCUACCCCCCAUCUCCAGGAGCCAGUAUCCUUGCC